CUUCCUUGCAUGGGCAAAUGAUUUGGAGAAAUCUCUGUCGGAACUCCAGGCCAUAACGGGAGAGAAUGUUCUACACAGCGUCUACCGGAGUUCGAGUUUUGGCAAACGCGAAAUGACUGAAGAGGCAGCGUUUGAGCUACUUGAUAGAGCUGCAGAAAAAAUCAAUAACAUCGUAAAACAGAAGGCUGAACUGGUUCAUAAAAUCAAACUGGCCGCCGAAGAAGCCUAUCGUACGCGAACGCACAGGGAACCGACUGGGUGCUACCUGCGGGCCAAGGCGAUUGCACUUACACCGAGCAUUUUAUCACCGAAUUCCACACAAAACUGCAGCGACAAAAUAUUUCUCGAUAUGGAGCGCAAUGCCUUGUUUGAAAACACCUACGUCUCCCUUAAUUAUUCUGUGGCUCACGUGCCUACAAAUGUCUAUGAUCUUUGUGAGUCGCGACAGUUUUCCAAAGUAUUUCUAAAAUAUAAAGAAAACGAAACGCAAACUAUUGUUUCCGUUGGCAACUGGACUGGAGCUUUGGAUGCUGUAUUCCGUGAGAACGCUGCAACAGACCCAACGCUGAAAUGGCAGUACUUUGGCAGCUCAACCGGAUUCUUUCAGUUUUAUCCAGUAAGAAUCGGGGAAUGGACUUUCCAUACUGUUUGUGUUCCGUUCCAAGAGUUAUGCGCCGUUUCCUCUUUACGCAAUGGAAGCUACAGCUUACGUCAUAUUAAAUGGGGUAAUAAGACUAUAAAAAAUUCCACCUUUUUACCUUCAGGCUCCAUGUGGGACAUCCAGUUGGAUGAACUUCGACUGGACUUUUUCGACUGUCGAUCUCAACCAUGGUACCUUUCGGCCUCUUCAUAUGCAAAGGAAAUGCUCAUUUUGGUUGAUAAAAGUGGCAGUAUGAAGGGGAGAAGUGAUAUUAUAUCGAAUGCCACGGUUACUGAAAUUUUGAAUACGUUAACGGAAAAUGACUUCUUCAAUAUCAUAAUGUUCACGGAUACGCCUAGAUACGCAGAUCCUGCCAUUCAAGAUCGGCUUAUCCAAGCGUUCAAAUACAAUAAAGACCGCAUGGUUAGGAGGUUUCAAAAUUUCAACCCAAACGGUACCGCGCAUUAUGAAAGGGCGCUGACGGAAGCCUUCAGCCUAAUGAACAAGACGCGAGAGAACCAGACCAACUCAAAACAUUGCAGUCAAAUGCUAAUGAUCAUCACUGAUAGUGUCCCGGAUUCGUACAAAGAACUGCUGGAAAAACUGGACCCUGAUAAAAAUGUCCGAAUUUUCGUUUAUCUUCUUGGACAACAUUCGUACGCCGAGCCCUAUGUGGAAGAGCUAGCCUGCUUAAACCGAGGCUACGCAGUAACAAUCGCAACCCUUGCGGAUGUCAAGGAAAAUGUUCUGAAAUAUCUCAACGUCGUGGCCCGAUCGAAUGCCAUUUUGAACCAUGGAUUCAUCACUUGGUCAGGUGUAACGGUGCAACAAUUCAACCUUAAGCCGGCGUACAAGCUGAGGUCAAUGCAUCGUGAGCCCAGUGAUUUGGCGAGUGAAGUAAGAUUGGACGAGCCAAAGAUAGAUACCAUGAUUGCAUUGAAGGAAGAGGAACCAGUGAUGUAUACUUCAGUUGCUGAAGCUGUCUAUGACCGGACAAAAAAGGCGAUGCGCCUCAAACAAGGAAAUCUACUCGGGGUCGCUGGAAUCGAUGUCCCACUUCAGUCUUUCAGAGAUGCACUGAGAGGAUGGCAAGCUGGAGUGAACAACUACUUGUUUGCGGUGGACAACAACGGAUUUGUCUUGUUUCAUCCGGGCUAUCGACCGGUGUACAAGUCGACUUUGAAAAGCCAUUAUCAGAAUGUGGAUUUGAACGAGGUAGAAGUUCCACAGGAUGUCAAAAUUGAUCCGAAUACCGGUACCCCAGACUAUGCUACUCCGCUGCGAGAAGCAAUGGUUGAAAGAGAACGAAAAUCAAAUGAACUCCCAGCCCAAAUUGUCACGGAUAAUUUUCACACGACGUUCCAGGCCACGAGGAAGUACUUUUCAACUCCACUGGAACAAACACCAUUCACCUUGGGUCUUGCGGUUCAGUGGAAUGUGGAAACAGGCAAAGGCGAUGCUAUUCCCGAGUUUGUUGGGGCUAAAGCAAUGGCAAACGAGCAAGUAAAGAGAAGUGAUAUGGACCGAUUUGCUCCCGUCUAUGCAGAGGACACUGGUAAAGACUGCAGUGCAAUUCACAAUCAUUCGCAUCAAGGUGCAACGCUCAGUCCUUAUCAAUUUUGUCAGUUCGAUCAAGAUCUAGCUGCUCUGUGGCAGGCCGAUCCGAUUUGUGCACUUCGACGCGAUAUGGACUACCUUCUUCAGAUCCGCUUGGACGCCAAAGAGACUCAGCCUCUGCAAAAAUUCUGGACUCAAGUCCACUCAAGUCCACUAAUUUCAAAAAAUUUCAUCAAGGAUCAUAUAUUCGGAGUGGAAGAUCCGUUGUAUGCUGAAACGGUCCUCACAAACCAAUACUUCCGCGCACAAAAGUUGACUGUAUUCCAUCCACCCCCAAACGAUUUGUUUCGACAUUUUUCAAGUCAAAAUCUCGACGUUCCCAUACCCAUGACAAUGACGGUGUACAAUGAAAUCCAUCAGGUACCUAUGGCCGUCGUCGGAUUACAGAUCACCCAUCAUAAGCUCCAAAAACAGUUUGACAAAAUGACAAACACCUGUCUGACGGAAAACUGCAGACCUUGCGGAAAUGAAGUUGACUGCUACCUAAUCAAUCAGGCUGCCCUGGUGUUAGCUUCCUCUGGUGGAGAAAAAGA